GUUAUGUAGUUAUAGCAGAUGAUAUUAUCAUUUAAUUGGUUAAUUAAGUGACGAAAAAAUCUUUAUAGUAAGACUGUUGCUAGGUAGAAAUGUUUUCCUCUCGCUAAUAUCCAUAUACAGUUGACGGCAACUGGACUUUAUGGUCGUCUUGGAGCACAUGUGACGUAACCUGUGAAAAUGGACACCAGACUCGAACCAGGACUUGCACAAAUCCGGCACCAAAGCAUGGCGGUCUCGAUUGUGUUGGAAGUGGAAGUGACACGAGAGGAUGCCACAAACAACAGUGUCCAGUUCAUAGUGGAUGGAGCGUAUGGUCACAGUGGGGAACGUGUUCAGUAUCAUGUGGCAUGGGCUUGCAACGUCGUACAAGGACUUGCUCUAAUCCGCCUCCAAGUCUUGCUGGAAAUCAUUGUUUCGGAGACAGGUCUGAAACACAACUGUGUAUGCCAGCUCCUUGUGCAAAUGGUGGUUGGAGUGACUGGACGUCAUGGAGUUCAUGCAGCGCAACUUGUGGCGGAGGAAUUAGGUCUCAAUCGAGGUCGUGUUCGAAUCCUCCUCCUUCACCUUAUGGGCAAUAUUGUCUUGGGUCACAUGACAGAGUUGAAUCAUGUGCAAAUUAUAACUGUGAAACGAAACACUGCGCGACCAACCCGUGUGUGCACGGUCAAUGUUUUGAAGUUCUUCACGAUUUCCUUUGCCCUUGUGACCAUGGUUUCGAGGGUCGUUACUGCAAUAGUUGUAUGUGCUAAUUAA